GUCUCGUUCCAGCCACGCUACGUACGUACGUAAAAAGUCAACAUGAAUUUCCAGAGUGGAUUCCGUUAGCUCCAGAAGUGCUUACUUAUUACUGUAAAACCACUACUGCGAGAAACUUUUCAUUUGAUCAGAACUGUUAAUACUUGAGACUUGAGUGACAGAGUAUAUUAAUAAAUAUGGGAUUUCUUAUUCAACUCUGAAAAUGUUGAGCUGAGCAAAUCGUUUCCUCAAAAAUUAAAAUUAAGGAAAUUUUCCACCGUACAAAGAUUAACGAAAUGACGGCAAAUCAAAGAACCUCCAAUGCAGUGGAGAAAAUUGGGUUUGAGAAGGUAUUCGAGUUGGUGGGAGGCCACGGGAAAUGUCAAUGGAUCCUCAUGUGGAUUUUGUCCCUCCAGUUAAUAUUUCUCACUUGGAACCAUUUGGGCUACAUCUUCAUCGGAGCGGUGCCCACGCAUUGGUGUCAGAUUGAACUCUUGGAGAAAGCCACCAACUGGACGGCUGCUGAAAUCAAGGAACUUUCUCUUCCCAAGACAAUAAAUACGAAUGGUGACCAGGAUUGGAAGUACGAUUCGUGCAAGUAUUACGAUCGUGACUACGAUUACAUUGCGACGCGGUUUGGAAACAACUACAAGGAAGCGAUCGCAUAUGUGCAAGGAAGCAAUAGCGACGAAACCAAAACUUGUGCAAAGUGGAAUUAUGACAACUCAAUCUACAGCUCAACAAUCGUUACGGAGUUUGACCUGGUCUGCGGUCGGCGAUAUUUGGCUGCGACGAUCCAGUCAACCUACAUGAUUGGUGGUCUCGUGGGAACAUUUCUUUUCGGUACGCUCAACGAUCGGGUUUUAGGAAGGAGAAAUUCCGCCUUGAUAUCCAUCAUUUUAGUUCUGCUGGGAGGAUUCGCAGCCACUCUUUCCCAAUCUUAUUGGCUCUUUGUGUUCAUUCGACUCUUCAUUGCAAUUGGUACCGCUGGUUGUAUGCAGGCUUCAAGUUUGUUAAUUUUGGAGCAUUGUGACAUUGGAAGUCGAGCAAAGUUCUACAGCAUUACGGGAGCAUUUUUUGGAGUAGGCUACGCCAUCAUGCCGAUUUACGCGUAUUUUAUUAGAGAUUGGGUCAUGUUGCAAUUAGCAUUUUCGGCAACUACUCUUCUUCUCCUCUCCUAUUUUUGGUUGUUUCCGGAGAGCCCACGCUGGCUGGCAUCCUCAGGUCGGGACGAACAAGCGGUGAAAGCACUGGAAAAGAUUGCGAGAUUGAAUGGCAAACCGAAGCCGAAUAAGGAUCAGCUCUUGGUUUUGAUUCAAUCCUGCCACAAACAUCACGGAGGAGGAGACUCUGAAGGCGAAGGGAGAUCUCAAUUUGGGAGAAAGUUGCAAAGUAUUGCUUACAACAUUAAAUCAUUGUUGGAUACUCGAGAAGGAUGCAAAAGAACGCUGACGGUGUGGAUGCUCUUUAUCGUGGUUGCUUUCGUCUAUUAUGGGUUCGCAUUCUCCACGAAUCUCACCUCCAACCCGUACCUCCUCGUCACAAUCGGAGGAUUAAUGGAAAUUCCGGCCUGCAUCGUGCCAGUGCCGUUUUUGUCAAUGUGGGGCCGACGACCCACCACAGCCAUUUGUUAUUUUCUCACUGGAGCCUUUGCCAUUGCGAUUGCCGUCACUCCACCUGAAUAUGAAAUGCUGCGGAUCGUGUUUACAAUGGGUGGGAAGUUUUUCAUUGCUGCAGCCUUCAACGUGAUCUACCUCGUCAUAGGGGAAGUCUACCCCACCCUCAUCCGUUCAACUGGACAAUCUGCGGGAACAAUAAUGGGACGUUUUGGGAGCAUUGCGGCCCCCUAUGUGGCAGAUCUACUGACAACGGUGUAUCCCGACUUGCCGUGCGCAAUAUUCGGAGUGGUGUCAAUUUUUGGAGCAGGUGUCGCUUUGAUGCUGCCAGAGAUGAAGGACAUGGAGAUGAUGGAUCAAGUGUCAGAACUUGAGCUGGAGAAGCUGUAACGACGCUUCCCUCCUGCACAGCCAUCGGACUCGUGUUUACCAUGCGACUUUCCCUACGAUUGUACAAUCCGCUUUCCACCUUAAACUUGUUAAUUGAAGAACUUGUCAACACAUAAUUAUGUCAAAGAGUACAAAGAAAAAGUGGAAAGUGUAUUCUUCACUGGGUUCGACAAGCGGAAGACAAUAAUUAAAUGCUCAAAAUUUAUUUGCCUA